CAGCUCACGCGAUCUAGCGAGAAACGCAGAGGAAGCAGCUGGGUGAAGACUGAAGCGGCAAGGUAGUAGUUUUCUGCUGAAUUUUCCAACAGCUCACGCGAUCUAGCGAGAAAAGCACAGGAAGCAGCUGGGUGAAGACUGAAGCGGCAAGGCAGUAGCUCUCUGCUGAAUUUUCUCAGGGCACGCCGGUACAAAUACUGAUGUGUAUGCGGUCAAAUCGGCACGCCCAUCCAUCCAACGCUGAACGCCUGGUCGAGCUUUGGACACCUGCUCGAGCAACAGGCAGCAGUGGGUAUAGAGAUGUGCGAGGGUGGACGGCCGGAAGCGUCCAUGUCCUCGCGGCCGGGGCUGAGCAGCAUCGCGGAGGAAGUGGCUGCGGGCGGUGGAGGAGGGGCCGAGGCGACGCGGAGGAGGCCGAGAGGAUGGCGAGCUGUUGCAUUCAUCAUCGGUCUCUCACUACAUCUUUAGCUGGCAUACAAAUAUCUUCUUCUUCUUCUCCCUUUUGAGGGUACAAACAGAUUGAUUACUCGGGUAUACGCGGCAUGUAGCAUGGCGUCCAAUUCGUUCGUCACGCCCCUACCGAGUUACCUGAUCACUCGUUACAACAUGAAAGGGAAUGCCGCGACAAACGUGGCCAAUAUCUUUUCUGGCGCGUUCAAUUUCUCGCCUGUGGUUGGAGCCUUCGUCGCCGAUGCCUUAUGGGGCAGAUUCAGAACCCUGUUAUUCGGAAUGGUGGCCGGAAUCUUUGCAAUGGCGGUCAUCACCCUAUCGGCAACGAUCCAUCAGCUCAAACCGCCGCCGUGCAGCGCGUUGGAGCAGCAAGCCGGCACCUGUGUCGGCUCAUCGGCGCUCCAGCGCGCCGUGCUCUACGUCGGCAUGGGGCUGCUCGUGGUGGCCGCGGGCGGCACGAAUCCGACCGGCCUGCCCUUCGGCGCGGACCAGUUCGACGAGAGCGACGAGCGGCACAAGGAAGGGCUCACGCGCUACUACAACUGGUACUACGCCAUCGCCAUGAUGGCCACGUUCCUGGCGCUCACCGUCUUGGUGUACCUCCAGGUCAAGGUGAGCUGGGGUCUCGGCUUCGCCAUCCCCACGGUGCUCAUGCUCGUCGCCUUCGCCGUUUUCCUCUUCGGCACCGCGGUGUACGUCUACGUGCCACCCGAGGGCAGCAUCUUCUCGAGCGUCGCGCGGGUGAUCGUCGCGUCGUGCCGCAAGUGGAGACUCCGACUACCUCACCCCGACGACGUGCGGUGGCAGGAGGAGCUCCUGUACAACCCUCCCGCCGCGGGGAACGGGCGCCGCGUCUUCAAGUUACGCCUCACGUCGGAACUCAGGUUUCUGAACAAGGCAGCCAUCGUGACCGACGCCAACGAGAUACGGCCCGACGGCUCCCCGGCGAGGCCGUGGCAACUGUGCAGUGUGCAGCAGGUGGAGGAGGUGAAGUGCCUCGUAAAGAUCAUACCCGUGUGGAUCUCCGGAGUGGUGUGGUUCACCGUGUUGACGGAGAUGAUCAACUACACGUUCCUCCAGGCUUUAACCAUGGACCUCCACAUGGGCAGAAGCUUCACCAUCCCACCGGUGUCCAUCCUCGCUGUGUUCUAUCUCUCCGUGGCCCUCUUCGUGCCCGUCUACGACCUGGUCAUCGCCCGCGCCUCGCGGCGGCUCACCAAGGCGGGAGGCGGCGGCAUCACCUUGCUCCAGAGGCAGGGCGCCGGGCUGGUGGUUGGCGCGCUGGCGUUUGUGAUCGCGGCCGCCGUGGAGUCCAGGCGGAGGCGCUCCGCGCUGGGCCACGGCGGCGGCACGUCCCCGUUGUCCGUGUUCCUCCUCGCCCCGCAGCUCGCCGUGAUGGGCGUGUCUGGCGCGUUCAGCAUGGUGGGGCAGAUGGAGUUCUACAACACGCAGUUCCCGGACCAGAUGCGCACGCUCGCCAACGCGGCCUUCUACUGCGCGCAGGGCGUCAGCAGCUACCUGGCCACCCUCGUGGUCAACAUCGUGAACGCGAGGACGAGGCGGCACGGCGAGUCCGCCGGCUGGGUAAGGGAUGACAUCAGCGCCGGGAGGCUCGACUACUUCUACUACGCCAUGGCCGUGCUCGGCGCGGCCAACUUCGUCUACUUCCUCGUGUGCGCGUACUUCUACCGGUACAAGGGCGAGCAGCCUGACUCUCAUGCACCUGAACCUGCACGGGACAGUGCUUCUACAAGCGGUAGUGAGGCCGCGCUCCUAAAGACGUAGUAGCUACUAGAUGGGUGCA